GGAGCGCAAUGCAACAGCAGAGCCCCGCGUCGCUCCCGCACCAGCAAUUAUUCUCCACGGGCUGCAUCUCUCCUCGUUAAUGCCUUGUGCUCGGAGAGCAAAUUGGACAUCCUCUUGCCACCUCGAAGGGUCAUUUAGCGAAAGGCGGGCUGGAGGGGGGAGCUGCUGGAUUCAUUUGGAUUGGGAGCAGAGAGGGGGGCACCCUCCAGAGCUGGAUUGCAGAGCGAGGCAAUUUAAGCCAAAGCUUAAGGCGCGGGGCAGGAAUGGCAUGUUUUUCCACGGCAGGUUUCCUUCGGAGCCGUGCCGCGGUCGGUGCGUGCCUCCUCUGAAAGGCUCCGACAAAAGCCCAUCUGGCGGCAGCCCCUGGCUGCGUGCAGCGGGGCGGUGGGCUGCGCCGGGGGAGUGUGGGAUGCUUUAUGGCACUGCGGUGCUUGGGCUGGUCCUGGGAGCAGCCCACCAGCCGAAAGGCGACCGGCGUAACUAGGACGGCUCAGCAUCCUGCUGGAUUUUUCCCUCCUGCACUGUCACCGUCAGUGGGAACAGGAAGAUUUGCCUUCACUGUAAGUGCUCCCAGGAAGAGCACAUCGUAACAGUUAUGCCUCUGGAGAUGGAGAAGACAGUCACGAAGCUCAUGUUUGACUUCCAGAGGAAUUCAACUUCUGACGAUGACUCGGGCUGUGCCUUGGAGGAGUAUGCAUGGGUCCCCCCCGGCCUGAAGCCUGAGCAGGUGCACCAGUACUACAGCUGCCUGCCUGAGGACAAGGUCCCCUAUGUCAACAGCCCAGGAGAAAAAUCUCGCAUAAAGCAGCUUUUGCACCAGCUGCCACCGCACGACAAUGAGGUUCGCUAUUGCAAUUCGUUGGAUGAAGAGGAGAAGAGGGAGCUCAAACUCUUCAGCAACCAAAGGAAGAGGGAAAAUUUAGGGAGAGGCAAUGUCCGGCCAUUCCCUGUAACCAUGACGGGAGCCAUCUGCGAGCAGUGUGGCGGCCAGAUCAACGGGGGGGACAUGGCCGUCUUCGCCUCGCGAGCGGGGCACGGCGUCUGCUGGCACCCUCCCUGCUUCAUCUGCAGCGUCUGCAACGAGCUGCUGGUCGACCUGAUCUACUUCUACCAAGACGGGAAGAUCUACUGUGGCAGGCACCACGCCGAGUGCCUCAAGCCCCGCUGCGCAGCGUGCGACGAGAUCAUUUUUGCUGACGAAUGCACCGAGGCCGAAGGGCGGCACUGGCACAUGAAGCACUUCUGCUGCUUUGAAUGCGAGACGGUGCUGGGAGGGCAGAGGUACAUCAUGAAGGAUGGCAGGCCGUACUGCUGCAGCUGCUUUGAGUCCCUCUACGCCGAGUACUGCGACACCUGCGCCCAGCACAUCGGUAUUGACCAGGGCCAGAUGACGUAUGACGGCCAGCACUGGCACGCCACUGAGACCUGCUUCUGCUGCGCGCAGUGCAAGAAGUCUCUGCUGGGACGACCCUUCCUGCCCAAGCAGGGGCAGAUCUUCUGCUCCAGGGCUUGCAGCGUUGGCGACGACCCCAACGGCUCCGACUCCUCCGACUCUGCUUUCCAGAGCGCACGAGCCAAGGAGUCCCGCCGCAGUGCCAAGAUCGGCAAGAACAAGGGGAAGGGCGAGGAGGGGGCACGCAGCCCAUGCAACCAGUUGCAGGUCACCUCCAACCGCCUCUCCACUGACGUGGACCCGCUGUCCCUGCAGAUGGAUUUGCUGAGCCUGGCCAGCCAGACGCCGAGCCUCAACAGGGACCACCUGUGGAGGAGCCGGGACGAGCUCUAUCACUACGGGAGCAAAAUGGAGCAAAGUCAGUCCCAAAGCCCUCUGCAGCUUCUCAGCCAGUGCAACAUAAGGACCUCCUAUAACCCCAGCCAGGUCCCGAGCUCGCAGCCGGAUUUAUGGGCGAAACAUUUCAGCAACCCAAAGAGGAGCUCCUCGCUGGCGAUGAAGAGCCAUGGUGGCAGCUUCAUCCAGGACUGCAGAGAGGACUAUUACUCAGGGAGACUUCGCUCACAGGAAAGCUACAGUGACAUGUCCAACCAGAGCUUCCCUGAGACCAGAGGAAGUCUCAAAGUCCCCAAGUACGAAGAGGAAGAGGAAGGUGGGAUGCCGACACCGCAGUGCCGCACCCGGCACCCCAUCAAUGCCCUCAAGUUCACAGAGGACCUGACACCCACCGAGCAGACUCCCCGUGGCUCCAUGGAGUCCCUCGCGCUCUCCAACGCAACAGGCCUCUCAGCAGAUGGUGGAGCCAAGCGCCAGGAGCAUCUCUCCAGGUUCUCGAUGCCUGACCUGAGCAAAGACUCAGGCAUGAACGUCUCGGAGAAGAUGAGCAACAUGGGGACCCUGAACUCCUCCAUGCAAUUUCGCAGCGCCGAGUCCGUCCGCAGCCUGCUGUCGGCGCAGCAGUACCAGGACAUGGAGCCGAACCUGCACGGCCUCGCCAGCCCCCUUGGGUACCGAGAGCGGCCGUCGCACGGGCAGAUGCACCAGAGCUUCGACUACGGUAGCGGGGUGCCCGGGGGCAAGCUGGGGGCGCAGGAGGGCUCGAGGCACACCCCCAUGAGCGAGCGCACACGCCGGCGAACUAACCUGCGGGAUGAUGACCGGCAUUACCGCCCGCACCGGCCCCGGCGGUCUCGCCGUUCCCGGUCGGAUAACGCCCUGCACCUGGCCAGUGAGCAGUGCUGCCGGCUGAAGGAGAGACCCUUGCUGCGAGCCAGGGAAGACUACGACCAGUUCAUGCACCAGAGGAGCUGCAGAGAGACAGUGGAGCAGGGUCCCCGCAGGGACGUCUAUGGCCACUGUCCCCGGACGGUGUCGGAUCUCGCCUUGCAGAACCACUUGGGCGAGAGGUGGGGGCCCUACUUCGCUGAAUACGACUGGUGCUCGACCUGCUCAUCCUCUUCGGAGUCCGACAACGAGGGCUAUUUCCUCGGGGAGCCAAUUCCCCAACCCACCCGCCUCCGGUACGUGACCAGCGAGGAGCUCCUGCACAAAUACGGCUCAUACAGCGUGCCCAAGUCUUCCACGCUGGGUGGCAGGGGACAGUUGCACAGCCGGAAAAGACAGAAGAGCAAAAACUGUAUCAUAUCCUAAUGGCAUCCUUGCUAGGCACCUUGGGAGAAUGUAAAUUAACUCACAAACUUGCACUGUUUUAGAUCAUGUAAGUGCUUUUAUUGUAACAAAAAAGACCUAAAGAGUAGGGAUUUGUAAGGAGGUUGUAGACUGGCUUCUAUAAAUAGUCAUAAUCCUGGGCACGGUGAAUAUAUUUUGCACAUCUUUCUUUGGAGGAAAAAAAAAAAAAAAGUUCACUUUAGCCUGUAAUAUUUACCCAGUAGUUUUUCCUCUUU